UGUGUCCAUCAUUGUUACCAGAACCUCGCGGGUUUACUAACAUUGCCCAGAAAGACGCAGAUCGCACUCGAAUACGUUUAUCAGCGGGCAAGCGAGAGCGAUUGUCAACUUCUUUGGGUGCAUGGGAGCGGGGUACAAAAAUUCAGCGAGGGUUUCAGAGCCAUUGCGCAGCAUGUUCGAAUUCCCCUAGCCAGCGCCGAGAUGGACGAAGAGGGAUUCCUACAAAAUAUAAAGAGGUGGUUUGAAGGUCCAGAUAAGAGCGAUUGGAUACUGGUCAUUGACAACGCCGAUAACGAGGAGGACUUUAUCGGCAAUAGCGGUCGCAUCUCCAAAUUCGUACCGCAAGGCGCUAGGGGUACUCUAAUAUUCACCACCAGAUCUCUCCAAGUCGCGUCAUGGCAGGGAUGCCAUAGGAUCGAUGUUGGCAAAAUGGAGGGGGAUGAAGCCCAAGAAUUAUUUUUGAAACGCUGGGGUAACUGGAACUGGAACGGUUCGAGAGAUGAAGAAAAAGAAGCGAUCGCCAUGAUACUAGACUCCCUACAUCACAUCCCAUUGGCUAUUGUAGGAGCGGCAGCCUUCAUGACAGUAACACAGACACCGCCAUCAACUUACUGGUCCAUUUUCCGAGCAAGUGACGAACAAGCAAAGCGGCUACUUUCACGGCCGUUUUGCGAUAUCCAACGAGAAACUGAUAUGACCGAAAGCAUCCUGGCUACGUACUUUAUCACCUUUGACCGAAUCACAGACCAGAUGCCCCGAGGGGCGGAUCUUCUGCGACUAAUCGCAUUCUUCGAUCGUCAGAACAUACCCGAAGAGCUAUUAAGCCAAUGCGGUUUGGAAGGGAUGGAUGAUCCAAUUGAGUUUCGUCAGGCAAUUGGAAAACUAUUGGGAUUUUCACUAGUCACGGCUGUCAAAUGUGAGGACAAGACAUUUUACGAACUUCAUCGCUUGGUCCAGCUUUCUCUACAAGUCUAUCUACCAACAGAGGAGUUGAAUCGAUGGAGGGCCACUGCGCUGGGAGUUGUUUCAAGGUUCUUCCCUCGGCAAUGGAUCACGUGGAGACAUGUUAGUUCUGCAUACAUUCCGCAUGUGCUUGUAGUAACCCAACAUUCAACGGAUCCCGUUUCCGAAGAGCUUUGCUUUCGCCUAGCACAGUACCUUGUGGAUAAGGGUUCCUACAAUGAUGCAGAAGUUCAAUUGCGUCGAUGUAUUGCACUUCGGGAAGAGAGGAAAGAGUAUGACUGGAAUGAGGAAGGUCCCAGCAGAGUUAUGCUCCUGGGGGGGGGUACGCAUAUAUCAAGGAAAGGCAGAUGUGGCCGAGGAGAUGCUUCGGAAUUUAUUAGAGGAUAUUGAGGAAUCAUUGGGCCUAAAUAAUCUCACCGUCCUGGAGGUCGUCAGCUACCUGGCUCUGGCUCUGGAACGGCGUGGAAAGUACGAUGAAUCCGAGACGAUGAAGCGUCGUGUACUAGAAGGGCGCGAGAAGAUUCUUGGACCAGACCACCCAAGCACCCUAACAAGUGCCGACAACCUCGCUCUUGUGCUACGAUCUCUAGGAAAGUACAGUGAAUCGGAGGCGAUGCACCGGCGCGCACUCGAGGGGUACGAGAACAUUCUUGGAUUAGACCACCCAGACACCUUAAUAAGUGCCGGCAACCUGGCUAGUGUGCUACAAUCCCAAGGAAAGUACGAUGAAUCGGAGGCGAUGAAUCGGCGCGCACUGGAGGGGCGUAAGAAGAUUCUUGGACCAGACCACCCA